AUGCCUGGCAAUGUUACAAUCAUCGAUGGUGAUGAAAAUUUUUGUGAGUCUGGCUGGUAUCCUUUUACAGGCCAUUGUUAUCAUCUGAAUAAAACAGCAGUACAGUGGAGAGAUGCCCAGACCCAGUGUAAAAGACAAAAAUCCUACUUAGUAGAGGUGAAUACAGCGGCGGAAAACAAAUGGCUACUGGAAACUUUUUUGACGGCGAAUGGUAAUGGAAUCAGUCAGCCUGUGACCAGUUUGUGGUUAGGAGCAAAAAGAAGGAAAGGGAUCUUAAUGUGGGGCCAUAGCAACAACCCAAUCUCCAAACAGUCAUGGGUAACAGAAAAUCUUGAUGGAAAGGGUGGCUGUGUGCUAAUGAAGCACACGGGAAUGUGGAUUGAUGUUGGGUGCUCAUGGGACGAGUACUUUGUCUGUGAGAAAAUGUUGUAA